AUGGGAGAGUGGGGCUUCCUCGGCGGGCUGUUCGACAACCUGCAGGCCCACUCGCCCAUGCUGGGCCGCUUCUGGCUCCUGCUCAUGCUGGUGUUUCGGAUCCUGAUCCUGGGGACCGUGGCCAGCGACCUGUUCGAGGACGAGCAGGAGGAGUUCGCCUGCAACACCCUCCAGCCGGGCUGCAAGCAGGUGUGUUACGACAUGGCCUUCCCCAUCUCCCAGUACAGGUUCUGGGUCUUUCACAUAGUCCUCAUCGCCACGCCUUCGCUGCUCUUCCUCAUGUACGCCACGCACCACCACAACAAGAAAACCUCGCGUCUGGGCUUCAGCCAGACCAGCAGCCAGGACAUUUCGGAAGACUCCAGCUUGAGGAGGCUCUACCUGAUAAACGUUACCUUCCGCAUACUGGCGGAGAUCGGCUUCAUCGUGGGCCAGUGGGGGCUGUACGGCUUCAGGGUGGAGGCCCAGUUCCCCUGCAGCCGCUUCCCCUGCCCCUACACGGUGGACUGCUUCACCUCCCGGCCGGCCGAGAAAACCGUCUUCCUGUGCUUCUACUUUGCCGUCGGGGUGAUCUCGGCCGUGUCCAGCUGUGCCGAGCUGCUCUACAGCUCCAGGAAGUGGUUCUGCCCGGGGAAGGAGCCCCCGGAGCGCCCCUGCACCUGCCAGCGCCACGGGGAGCCGGAACGGGCGUCCAGGAGCCUGACCGGCGGCCUGAGGCCGAAGGCCGGCCCUGGCUCGCUGCGGGGGGGCAGCAGCAGGAGGGGGGGGGGGCUCCGUCCUGGCCCACAAACACAGAGGGGGCAGAUACGUGAGCAGCCGGACUCUCGUGGUGUGACAGGUCUCUGUGCUGCCCGCCUGAAAACCUCCAGCUUUUUAGGCGGAAGUCAUGAAGAGCCAGAGGUUUACUGA